ACGAUGUCUUCAGGUAAGAAUACCCAAAUGUGGUCUCCUGCUCUGCAGCAACCAUCAACCAAUGCCAACCCCCCUCCCUCUGCAAAAGCCAGCAGAUCCUCUCCCGCCCCUGCCCCUCCUAACAUAGAAUCUGAAACCACCUUCCCGCCCUUGGGUGCAUCUCGUAGGAUGCUUGAUUGGGCUGAGGACGCCGAGAACAGCCCUCCAUGGGCUUUAGAUGACGUCGCGUCCCUCAAGAAGAGGGUGGAGGAGCUCGAAACCGACGUCGCCGACCGAGACGGCGAGAUUGCCGAGCUGAGCAACGAACUGGAUCAGACGAAGUCCGCCGCUGCCGAAGAGGUCGCAUACAUCCAGCGCAAGCAUCACGAGUUUCUCGACAGCAUCAGCGUCGGUAUGGACAGGGUGAAAGUCCUGGAGAAAGAGGAUUCUCGGCUUCGCAACGAGGUGAAAUUCCUCCGAGCGAAGGUCGUUGAGUAUAUUCCUCAGUACAAUGAGGAAGAAGGUCAAGGUGAUUCCACUGAAGUGGACUCUGCAGUCCCCACAGCUGCAGAAGACCAAUCCAGUGAUGACGUCGGGUCUGCUGUCCUGCCUGAGGACAAAAAGCCUCAAGCAGAGGAAGAGUCGGAGAGAGGCUCAGUGACUCUCUCGUCACCUUCUGUGGAACCAGACAACAAAAAAGAUGUCGUAUCCGCGGAAUCCAAGGAGAACUAUGCUUCAGCCACCAAUGAGCAAUCUCCGACCAGCCCAUUCAGCAACGCUGACUUCCCAGCACUGAGUCCAAACACGACAACAAAUUUUGGACCAGUGUUCGUGACACGCGACACCAUCAAGAAAAGCACCCCGGUUCCGCCCCCAAAGAAACUGACCAUGGGAAUCGACCUUUCGAAGUUUGGCAAGAAGCCUGCUCCCAUUCCAACUGUCUCGCCAACUUCUCCCCGUCAGGGAUCAAAGUCGUUCGCACCCAUUGUUGUCGACCCGAGCAAGGAUAUGCGGACCAUGACCGUCGAGCAGCGCUUUCGCCUUGGAAACAGCCGGAAAGUCACUGUCAAGCUAGACUCCGAACCUGUCGGCGUUGUUCCUAUGACCAUGUUCAUGCAAUGCUCUCGUCUCGCCAACGACUACUUCACCAAAAACCCACUCCCUGACGCUAUGGACUUCCCCGAAGGCAGCAUGACCAAAGCAGCCGCCAAAACCCACGUGGAGUGGAUGCGCCAACACUGCCACAUUCAGCGAGUCUGGAGCAUCCGCUUCAGCGGCGACGGCCAAACCGACCGCAACAAUUUCGAAGUCAUCCGUGCCGCUCGCGUCAUGGGACUGCACAACAUGUACGUUGGCCACUUCACCCGCCACUACUGCGAGAACAUCCGCAACAGCAAGAAGUUCUACUCUUACGAGUUCAUGGCUUUGGUUGAUGAGUUCGCGGUUCCGGGCAACGACCCCAUUCUCGAUUGCCUUGUUGCGAAUCUUAGGGCGUUUCGCAAUAUCAAUGCCAUCCCGAAUGUUAGUGAGUUCCGCGAGUUCCUUGAGCAGUGUAAGGUGCUGAGUUCGAGAUUUGACAUGCCGAAGAAGAAGAACGGCGGCGACCGCAAGAACGAGUCGGGAGAUAAGGACAAAGGCAAGAAAAAAAAACAGGAUUCUCCCUCUGCUUAGGAUAAUCAUUCGUCGUGGUACCGCCCUUUCGGGCAUUCAUUAUACAUUUCGGCGUCUGGUAUCGGAUUCAGCGAGGCAUCGUCUUCCCAGCAUAGUUAGCAUGGCGUUUUUCGGAUUCUAUGCAUAAAAAGGGUCUCGCGAGGGAAAGGCGCAUAUGUAGAUUUUCCUCCACGUCUACUCACGGUAUCGUGCCUUAUUACAAUUCUAUGAACUUGUACAAUUGCUUACAAAAGUGCUCGAAUUUGUCAUUGGUCUUGACUGCUUGUGACGUUUGGAUCUUGUGCUCUGUUGCCAAUAAUCAUGUGCCCCUAACAGAACAUGUAGUAUCCCUCGCAUAGCGCAAGACUGGAUGUCUUGGUACUUUAUUCCAGGGCCAAAAUCAGUAUGCCCG